AUGAGAGACAAAGAAGUAAAAAAUGAUCAUUUGGCCAGAACUAUGGCAUCGAAUGGAGACAACGAUUUGUUUCAUCAAGAACAGAGAAGGAACGAUAGGGAGAAGAUCAGAAAAAAAUUAGCAGCUAUGGAUUCUGAUAACGAAGACGUCAACAUCACGUACGAAACCAAUGGCAAGAAAAUGGCCGAUGGAGUCAAUUUACAGAUCUGUUUUGUUAACGACACCUGUGAUAAGGAAACAGAAACCACUAAAGUGUUCAGGAAUUCACAAAAUCUAAAACAGUAUCCUGCCAUGAGCCGAUAUGGAAUACCCGUCGAAACUCAAAACUUUAGUAAUCUGUCCGGAUGUCGCUCCGCUCAGUCAUAUCCCUACUGGCAGAGGCCCUCGAUUUUCUUCAAUCGGCGCCUGAAGCUCUUAAAGAGCCAGAUCGACAAUAAAAAGGAUAGGAAGACCUUAAUGAAGGAAGAUAUCGUCCUGUAUCAUUCUAGACUUCAGUCUGAAGUCAGGAUAGCUCUGUCGCAGGCCAAAGAUAUGGCCCGAAUGCAAAUAUUGGUUGAGAGACAGCAGAGAAGGAUCUCGCCUCUCUCCAGCUUGGUCGGCUUCACUUUUCCGGAANAUCUAAAAAGA